AUGAAUGCCAUUCAAGCAAAUAAUUUUCCUUAUCUGGAAUAUCUUACUCUUUCUGCAACGGAAAAUAUCAGCUUCAAUAUUCUCUGUCAGUUCAAAUUACUUCGUUCGUGUGGCUUAGGAUCAAUUCAAAUCGACGAUCAAGAUAUUUGUUCGUCGUCAUCGAUUCGAUCGUUGAUUCUUCAAAAAUGCGAUCCGUCGCAAUUGCUUCAUUUACUGCAUCAUCUUCCUCAGCUGAUUCUUUUCAAAGUGAACUUUAUUUGGACUGAAACUUCCGUUCAACAGUUCGAUUUUACAGUCGAUUUUGUCCAUCAGAAUCUGAGAUCAUUAUACGUUUCUAUGUUCAAUGAUGAUUUUUCGGGAGAAGCGAUUGAUACCGAUCGAUGUGCCGUUGUUACCACAUUAUUCGCUAGUUUAUCACUUGACCAACGUAUUCGGUGUCAUUUACAGCUGUUUGGCAUGUCCAACUUCAAUUUUGAGCAACUUCAACGGGCUCUACGCAGAUUAAAUUCGUGUCGCUUGUCAUGUUUUCUCAUCUAUCACCUUCGAUGGCAUUCAUUGCCAGAUAUCGAUCAUAUUCGACAAUUGUCAUUAUUCAAUAAAAUUCGACCAAGUCCUUGUAAUGCUAACAACCUUCAUACAUACCGCUUAACAUGGACGAAUGUUCAUUAA